GUAUAUCGUCGCACCAAGAAAAAUACUUCAACAGUGAACGUCGGACAAAAAAAUCACAACGUGCAAUGUCGGCGGCCGUAACCCAGCAGUAUUUGCAGCUGUUUGACGAUGAUUUGUUUGACGGUGACGUAGCCGCUACAUCCAGACGCCCCGUGAAUUGUAAGAGUAACGGGACGAGUAAGAAAGGUGUACAGAAGAGGCGCAAACAGAUGAAAAAGCAGCAAAAACGCCGACAAGAGGAAAACUUAGUCAUGAAAAAUAAGUUGUUUGUUAAAUCAACAGUAGAGAAAUACAAGCUGCAGCAAUCUGAGGACUUGACCAUUGACAGCUUAAGAAAGAUACAAGAAAUAUCCCGUGUUUGUAAAACAUUGUCCAAGGUCACACAAGCAGUUGUUGAUCAGAACCGAGGAAGACUGGCCAAGGAUAACCCUCCACCAGAGAUUACACAGCAAACCGGCACAGUGUUUACAGAUAGAGACUUUGACAAAUUUGAACAAGAGUAUGACUUUUUCGCUUGAAAUAAAACAAAAAUUCUUUCAGAA